AUGGAUGAGAUGAAGGAGAAUAUGAAGAGGACCAACCCUGUAGAAGACUUGGUUCACAGAUCUGACUCCCCUUUUGUGCCUUCCAUCAAUGCUCACCCUUUGCCACCCAAGUUCAAGAUGCCUUCCUUAGAUUCAUAUGAUGGGACGCGAGAUCCGUUUGACCACAUUGCCACCUUCAAAACUACUAUGCACCUUCAAGGGUUUCCGGAUGAAAUAAUGUGCAGAGCUUUCCCUACUACCCUUAAAGGACCCGCACGAGUGUGGUUCAGCAAAAUACCUCCGAGCACAGUAACGUCCUUCGAGGAGUUAAGCAAGUUAUUUGUCAACAAUUUCAUCGGAGGACAGAGGCACAAGCGUUCCUCGUCUAGUUUGUUGACCAUAGAACAAGGGGAGAAUGAAAGUUUGUGGUCCUUCAUUACGCGGUUCAACAGGGAAGUGUUAGCAGUGGACGAGAUGGAUGACAAGUUCCUUCUAGCGGCUUUCCACAAUGGGGUUCACUCUGACUUGUUCAUCCACAAGCUAUAUGAGCAAGAGCCUCAGACCAUGGCUGAACUCGUCCAUUCAGCCCAAAAUUUUAUGAAUGCGGAAGAUGCUAUCAUAGCCAAGAAGAGGAAGAGAGUUGAGAAAAUGGAUGCUAACCCCACUCGCCAUUCAGAACAAGAUCCUCGUCUUAAAAAGGGACGAACGGAAGACAAGAAGGAUCGAGACAGGAAGGCAGACCCCUUAGCAUGA